CUAGGGUCUGUAAACGUCAACUUGAAAUUAUCAAAACAAUUCGCCAACUUGUCAAUUUUAUUUGGAAUUUAUCUAUUUAAAAACAAAGGCAUUUGAAUUGCACGAUUUCCCUUUGCAUGUAACAUAUAAAAUGAUAACAAAUCCUUCUCACUAACAUGGACGACAAAACUUUUGUGUGGACGUCUGAAUUGACCAAAAGAUUUUUGCAACUUCGAUUUGAAAAUGACUUGCUGUUUAAAAGUAAAAAGCAACCGUGGGCAGAAUUCCACAAAAUACUGCUUGAUAAUGGUUUUCCCAGUGAAAUUACUAUUGAUCAUGUCAGGAAGAAAUGGUCCUACACCUAUGAUAGAUAUAAAGCUGCGAAGAAAACUAAUAACAAGAGCUGGCAGUAUUUAAAAAUGUUUGAUAAAGUUUUUGGUAAAAGUGAAGUCUUAGACAAAUAUGAAUCAUGGAGUGAUGAGUGGCGAUUAAAAUUGAUCAUCUGUGUGUCAGAAACUAAAGAUAUGAAAUUGGACCCUAUCACUAUGUGGAGAACAGUGGAAAGAGCCAUGCGUUGUCAGGAUCUACCCAUAGACUGCUGUGUGCACGACAUGAAAGGCUUGUGGCAUCACCUCAAGGUUACAUUCAAUAGAAAACAUCGCUUAAAAAUAAAGAGGGGUGAAGAACAAAGCGAUUGGCCGCUAUAUGACGCUAUGUUAAACUAUUUCGAGAAGUUCGAACCAGACGCCCUGGAUCUUACGCCUUGUACUUAUAUUUCCAUAAAAGAUACUAGAUAUUCCAAGCACUGUAAAAAGAGUAAAAAUGAAAACGAAAGUGAAAAUGAGAAUGAGAAUGACUUUCAGUGGUCGAAAGAUAUAACAGAGACAUUUAUUCAAAUCAGACUUCAGCAUGACUGGUUGUUUAGACAAAAGAAAUGGGCGUGGAAUGAAAUGUCAAGAAUUAUGAUAGAAGAAUAUGGAUUUCCUAAAACUUUAACGUCGAGAGAAUUGGGAAGGAAAUGGACGGCAACGUUUGCGGAAUAUCAAAAAGCAAAAGCGACGAACAAUAAAGCGUGGGUGUACCACAACCUGUUUGAACUGUACUUGGGUGAAUCAUCGACACUCAGUUUGAAUCCUCUCGGCGAUUGGCAAGAAGAAUGGAUUUUCAACUUAAUUAGUGCACGGACAGAUUUAGAACAUAUAUUUAAAUCAACAAAGGACCAAUAUAGCGGAUGGCGUGAGGUAGAAAAAAUGCUGAGAACGAUUGGCAUACCACUGGACCACAGUUUGUUAGACUUACAAGAAAUAUGGGUUCAUCUUAUUAAAACAUUUAGGUGGAAAACGAAAUUUGCUAACAAAGGCAUUCUGAAUGAACAGUGGCCCUUCUUCGAGGCUAUGAGCCGCUAUUCAGAAAUUCGAGAAAAGCACGCAAUCAAAAAACAAGCUAUACAAGACAGCCAAGACCAUUUCGCUGACGUCACUAACGAUGACGAUUAUGAAGAUGAUAUGAAACUUUUAGAUCUUAAACAGAAACUAGAACAAGUGAAACCUAAGCAUGAAGUCGAUGAGCAUGACCGGUGUAGGUCAUGCUCCAAUCUAGAAGCUUGUGUAGACAUAUUUGAACAAAAAGAUGACGACGGUUUCGAUGUGGCAUACAAACUUAAAAUUAUUGGAGGUAUCGAGGUGGAAAAAACAGAUGACUUACCAUUGCGAAUAUGCUUGAACUGCUUACAAGAGUUAGAAAACGCUUACAAAUUCAGACGGAAAUGUCAAGAUGCAGAUAAAGUACUCCGAAGUUCUGCCAGACAUAUCAAAGUGGAAGUCAUCGACAAACAAGACCCACAUGACACACAACACGAAAGUAUACAAGACCACGACAUGCAUGAUGCUGAUGAAAUAGAUGUGACUUUCGAACCAAUUGGUGACGUACCAAAUGACGGCCAACUAAACGAUCCAAAACCCAAAGUAAAGAAGGAGAAUGUGAUAAGAAAGAAGAAAAAAGUCCGAAAAUUGAGAUACGACUACUGGAAGGUUUGCGAAAUCUGUGGCAAACAUACGCGAAACCUCGUCAGUCACCUAGAUGCACACUCUACUGGCAAACUAUACUCUUGCAAUGUGUGCGAUAAAAAGUUCAAAUUCAAAAGCGGUCUGAUUAUACAUAAAGCGGUUCACGAUCCUACACCUAAGAAAACUUGCGAAGUUUGUGGAAAAACGUUUCAUAUAUUGGCGCAAUAUAGAAGACAUUUUGUGUACCACGCCAACGAGAGGAAAUACGAGUGUGAGACAUGCGGGAAGCGAUUCAAUACUAUGGACAUCUUGCGAGUUCACUAUCGAACUCAUACGGACGAGAGACCCUUCAGCUGUGAGGAAUGCGGCAAAACGUUCCGCACUGCCGGCUGCGUCAGUAGGCAUAAGAGAAUUGUACAUAGAAAUAUCAGAAAAGUUCAAUAAAUCUAUACGGGAAGCGGC